AUGUCCAGACAAUCCUACGCUUCCGUUGUCUUCUUUUCCACACUUUUCGCAUCGGUUUGCAGCAAUGCACCGAUUGCGCCAAAGUGUCCGGAAUCGAAGAUAAUCAGUCAGGAACUGAUUAUUAAACGGAAGAGUGUAGAUGUUGAGAAGGAUGGGAAAAAGAAGGAGAAAAAGGAUGAAUUCAUCCACAAGGGAACAUACGUCGAGAGAAAGCUCGACGCCGAAAUCGAAUCAUAUUCGAAUUCGGAUCACCACGAGUCGCUCAAAAAGGCAGAGAAAAUGUUCCGAUACUGCCUGAAUCAAUACAUCUCAGAUGUAAAGAUUUGGAUGACUGGGUCAUUCGCAGCAGGAGUGGACACUUUCAAAUCUGACCUGGACUUCACCAUCAAGACAUCAAGAUGGCCGGAAGAGAGCAGUUUCCAGAAGUUGAUGAAGAUCAAAGGAUUUUUCAUCGGAAACUCUCUCUUCAAAACUGGAAGAGUCGUCAGAGCAAGAACACCCGUGUUGAAGUUGGUCCACCUGGAAACGGAUGUAGAGAUUGAUGUCACAAUGGACAAUGAAGAUUCGAAGAGGAAUACACAACUUCUCAGUUGGUAUUCUCAGAUGGACAACCGUUUCUCGAAGUUGUGCAGAGCGAUCAAAGGAUGGGCAUCGGAGUCUGGUAUCGAGGGAGCAAAAAAUGGAAGACUCAACAGUUUUUCCAUUUGUUUGAUGUUAAUUCAAUACCUUCAAACACUCAACAUCCUCCCGAACAUUCAAGAGUUCUUCCCAGAACUGAAUGGCCCAAUUGAGAUUGAAGAUGACAACUACGGGAGACGGGAUAUGAAGAAGGAAAUCCAAGAAAGAGGAUACAAAUUUGAAGAAAAUGAGAGAAGUUUGUCUGAUCUCUACUUUGGAUUUCUGAAGUUUUAUGCAGAGUUCAACUUCGACAAGUCGUGGAUCUCGGUGAAAAAUGGGAAAAUAAUGGAAAAAAGAUUCGACGAAACCGAGAAGCCACUGGAUGGACUUCCAGAUUCUCACCAUUUCAUUGUAGUCGAAGAUCCAUUUCUAACGACUCCGAGAAACUGUGGAGGAUCUGUCCAAGGCUCGUGUUUCGUCGAAAGAAUCCAAUUGGAAUUCAAAAUUGCUGCGGAUCGAAUUCUGAAAAAGAAGACGCUGUUCGGAGGAUAUCCCAGUUCGUGGAGAACUCGAUUGGACAAUGAAGGGAGGAAGACGGACAAAAGGAUCAAGGUAUUCGAGAAGGAACGAAUGGAUUUCAACUUGAAAUUGUCAGAAGAAGUGGAACAGCCCUGGGGAAGGGAUUAUGACGGGCCCGAAUGGCAUGAAACCAGGGUAGAUCCACAAAACUUCUGGGAUUUGGAUCGACGGCCGAUGAUAACUUACGAAGAAUCUCUUCCAUGGCCAGUUUAUGUUCCGAAUAUGUAUUGUCGGGUUGACUUUGUUUGA